UGCUCUCAAAAACACAAUCAUAACAGCAGGAGUGAUAUCACGACGGAGCGCUCUACGAGCAGACUGCUAAGGUUAUAUAGGUAAUUUUAAAGUGGAUUUCGGUGCUCAGGACCACUGAGCGGCCAUGGAAGAACUUACAGCGUUCGUCUCGAAAUCUUUCGACCAGAAAACCAAGGAGAGCAGUAAGGAGAGUAUCACGUACAGGGAAGUUUUGGAGAGUGGCUUGGCGCGGGCGAGGGAGCUAGGGAACUCCGAGACAAGUCUACAGGACAUAACGGAAGGCAGCAACCACUUCCCAGUACAUCUAUUCAAGGAGCACAUAGAGCUAGAGAAAGAAAAACUCAAGGAGUUUAACGUUUCAAGGGCCACAGAAGGGAUAUAUGAGUGUAAAGAGAAGAAGGAAGACGUAAAGUCUGAGGACGAGGACGCACAGAGCAAACUGAAGCAGCGGCGGAGCAGGACAAACUUUACUCUGGAACAGCUCAACGAGCUGGAGCGCCUGUUCGACGAGACUCACUACCCCGACGCCUUCAUGCGGGAAGAGCUGAGCCAGAGGCUGGGACUGUCAGAAGCAAGAGUGCAGUGUGCAAAGCUGUCAUCAAGGCAAAGAGUGGCUACUUUGAAGAUUCUAAAAUAUGUUUGGUUUCAAAACAGAAGAGCAAAAUGUCGAAAACAAGAAAACCAGAUGCAUAAAGACACUUCUUCCUACUUUCCAGGUGUCAUUCUGGGCACUGCCAGUCAUCUGGAUGCCUGCAGAGUAGCGCCCUACGUCAACAUGGGAGCUCUACGGAUGCCUUUUCAACAGGUUCAGGCCCAGCUCCAGUUGGAGAGCGUGGCUCACUCCCACCAUCACCUGCACCCUCACCUGGCAGCGCACGCACCCUACCUGAUGUUCCCGCCCCCACCCUUCGGACUUCCAAUCGCCUCGCUAGCGGACUCAGCCUCUGCAGCGGCGGCCGUGGCCGCGGCUGCCAAGAGCAACAGCAAGAACUCUAGCAUCGCCGAUCUCCGACUCAAGGCAAGAAAACAUGCUGAAGCUCUGGGUCUCUGACCUCACCGGGCUUCCCCUCCACUUGCUCCACGCCCUCAUAAUAACCCACUUCUCACACAAGACUGAGCCCAGUGAUCGGGUCUGACACUUACAGCUUAAACAAAAAAAAUAAAAACACUGAGAGGGAGAAUGUAAGAGAGAGACAGAGAGAGAGAGAAAAAUAAAGACACAGGUAAAGAGAGGGGUAGAGGAUAAGUGGAGGAAGAGGAGGAGGAGGCGGUGGAAGAUGGAGGAUGGAGCGAGAAAAUUGUCACAAAACCAGCUAUCAAAACAACCACUUGUAGAGAGAACGGUAAAUAAAUACCAAUGAAAUCUCCUUUUACUUUUCGCCCAACAGGCAGGACUUCUGCGGGGCCAGUGGCUCAGUCCACUCCAGGCACACAUCACAAGUCCAGGACCAUACAAACACAUGUGGAUGUCUGUCUGAGCUGAAGGACAGGGCCAGGCCAGGGCCAGGCUAAACCAGGCCAGACCAGACGAGGAGACUUUAGAACAAAGCAAACUGUCAAAGCAAGCAAGCAGGGAGCAAAUACUAGAGCCUCACUGAAUCCGAUGCCGUCACGUUGACUUUACAGACUGUUGCAUGUGUGAGAAAAGACACUGACAACACAAGGCAUCGGACCCGCUCUAAACUUUACACACAAAAAAGACAAACAAAAAACAAAACAAAAAAGAGAUAAGAAAUGGCCACUGUAUUGUUUCCUGCCGCUGCCCAGUGCAUGAGUUGGAUUGCAGGACUGCAGGUCUAUCAUGGAGCCUGGCCUUUAUGUUGUAUCUGACCUAACGCCCCAAUUCUGUUGUAUCACUGCCAUUCAAACCGCCCUCUAUACCCUCAUCCACAAGGUCAAUGGUCAUUUGGGUUUGAUUUCCUUUAAACUUUUGACUGACAGGAAGAAGCAAUUCGAUUCCUUAUUUUUUCUGCUUUCGGAAGACUAAGAUAUGUGUUGCCAGGAAUGUGUCUGAGUCCAAAUGUCUUUUAGCUUUUCUCCUCACAUUGUUCUCUCUCUCUAGCUUUCUUUCUUUCUGUUUAUAGUGCUAUUUCCUAGGAAUAGAAGUGAAGAUAUUCUUUGCACUUCAGGUUUUGUAUGUGUGCGUUUACAAAUGGCACUACUAGAAGAUACUACUUUACUAAAUGAGGCGGGAAUAGGAACCAAUUUGGUUUUUAUCAUGUCAUCAAAAAGAGACGUUCACAAAACGUUUCGAAGGAUAAAGGGUUUAACUGCAAUUUUUUUGUAAUUUUUAAAACAUGAAGGAAGCAUCAGUUAAACUGAAAUGCACUUUUGUGCAGUUUAAGUGCAAUACUGUAAAUAUGAAAAAGUUUAAAAAUAAUAAACAAAUUGUUCAUUGUUCAUUUUAAA